AUGGAGGAUGAUGACCUGGAUGUGGUUUCGGAGCAAAUGAUGAUGUGGAGCAGCUUUGCGGAAGCCUGGGACGCCAUCUGCGAUGACCUGCGGGAGGGGGACCUCAUCUCCGAUAAGGAGAUGAGCCUGCUCAAGUUCGUCCGGCUGGAGUCUUCCGGGAAGCUGCACGGCUUGAGACCGAUUCUGCUCCCCACCUUCUUCUACGCGGGUCAGAUCCGCAAGGUGGUGGAUACCGGGCGAGUCAACACGGCGCAGUUCAUUUUAGCACAGGCACAGGCACAGGCACAGGCACAGGCACAGGCACAGGCACAGGCACAGGCACAGGCACAGGCACAGGCACAGGCACAGGCACAGGCACAGGCACAGGCACAGGCACAGGCACAGGCACAGGCACAGGCACAGGCACAGGCACAGGCACAGGCACAGGCACAGGCACAGGCACAGGCACAGGCACAGGCACAGGCACAGGCACAGGCACAGGCACAGGCACAGGCACAGGCACAGGCACAGGCACAGGCACAGGCACAGGCACAGGCACAGGCACAGGCACAGGCACAGGCACAGGCACAGGCACAGGCACAGGCACAGGCACAUUUCCUCCUCGCGGCGGGGAUCUAUCAUUACAUCACCCAACACCUCCCCCCUCCUUACACCCCCGCUCCACUCGACCAGGUGAUGGUGCUGACGGAAUUUCGAGUGCUCACGACCUGGCUGGCUUGCCAGUUGGGCAUUAUGUCCGGCAAACACGCCCACGUCAUCAUGACGGCCUCGCUGUACGGCGGCAUCAUCAACGUGAAGCACAUCAGCCUGCGCAAGAAGUCGUUUGAUAGCGCCAUCAAACUCAUCGGCCUGGUGGACCAGGCCAUUCGUUCACGUGAGGUACCAUUUGACAUCCAGACGACAUCACUGGCCUUUGCGGAGCACUUGUUGGUUAUCCUGAACGGUCUCGAGUCCGAGUGCUACGCAGUUCAGAAGAUGUGGGAGCUGGGCAAGGUGACAGAUGAGGACCUGGACGGGGCGCUCACGCUGUUCGAGGUGGUGCAGGACAUGCAAGAGCGGGUUCGUUCCGACCCGGAGGAGCUGAAGCAAUGUCUCAAGAGGGCGGUGACGAGUGUGUUGCAGCAGAUGUUGACGACCACCUCGGCAGACGCCACUCCCCAGGGCGAGGAGGCGCAGAGGGUUCUGGGAUUCUUCAUUAACAGUCUGGGCCACCCCUCCCUGGACAAGCCCCAGAGCGUGGAGUUCAUGUUGAGCUGGUCGGUGCUGACUCCCGUGUACGAGGAGGACGUGUUGUACGCAGUGGAAGCGAAACUGACCGCCGAGGAGCUGGGACUGCAGCACAAGAAGAUCACGGACCUGCUCUCCGAGACGGAUGACGGGUUCUCUCUGAUGGCCUACCUGCGGGCCAUGUUCACCUUCGAGUGGGCCAACUUCAAGGAGCGGAUGCGGCGGGUGGUGGCCAGGACGGUGGACAUACCCGACUGGGGCCAGGUCACGGAGCUGGACUUCGGACCGGGCGGUUUGCUGUUUGACUACCGUACAGAAUUGCAGUUGUGGGCCUCCUACCGUGGUCAGCUGCUUGCUCGUACCGUACGGGGCAUGAUGUGCUACGAGAGGGCGCUCAAGGUGAUUUGCGCCAUGGAGUAUCCGACCCCUAUGGGCAUCACGGACCAGGACUAUGAGCGCUGGGUGGAGGCCAUGGUGAGCGCAAAGUUCGAGUACGUUAUUGCCGUACAGACGUACGGCAGAAACGCCAAGAGCAAGGACCUGCGGCUCCGGCAGCUGUCCCAGAGCGUCGACACGCUGGUGCAGCGGUUCCCCUCGCUCAAGGUCGCCUACCUGGAUGAUGCGGUUGACAAGGAGCGCUACGGCCCCAGCCAGUACUCGGUGCUCAUUCGCAACCGGAGGCAAUCGGACCCCAUCGCGGAUCCCACACGGCCCUUCAGCAGGAUUGUGGAGGCCUACCGCAUCAGACUGCCGUACAACAAGUACUCGCACCGCGGCGUGGUGCUUGGGGAGGGGAAACCGGAGAAUCAGAACCACGCGUCUGUGUUCACCUUCAACGAGGGGCUGCAGGCCAUCGACAUGAACCAGGACAACUACCUGGCGGAGGCUCUCAAAAUGCGCAACCUGCUGAGUGAGCUCAACCCCAGCAACAAGGGCGCGCAGUUCUUGUUGUUCGCGGACGACUCCCCCCAGCAGGUCCUCUCCCCCCACAUGACCGCGGCGGAGCUCCGCUUCGUCAUUCUGUCCCGCAUGAAGAGGUCCUUCCCCACCGCCCUGGUGGGCUUCAGGGAGUGGAUAUUUAGCGCCAAUACAGGCGCUCUGGGGCAGUACGCCGCGGCCACGGAGUACAGCUUCGCCACCAUCCAGAGCCGCAUCAUGACUAAACCGCCCCGAGUGCGAAUGCACUACGGCCAUCCCGAUGUGUUCAACAAGACCCACAUCAUGACACGCGGUGGUAUGAGUAAGGGCACUCGUACACUCCACAUCUCGGAGGAUUACUUCAUUGGAGCGGCCCACACGCUGAGGGGCGGCCGGAUCAGGUACAAGGAGUACAUUGCCUGUGGCAAGGGUCGCGACAUGGGCUUCGAUUCCAUUCUGGGCUACCAGAAGAAGAUUAGCGGCGGCGCGGGGGACCUGGCCACCAGCCGGGAGGUGCACCGGCUGGGCACCCGCCUGGAGUUCUUCAGGCUCAUGAGCUUCUAUCAUGGAGGUAUCGGCCACUUCCUGAACAGCUUCUUGACGCUCAAGGCCGCCUGGUACAACAUCUGGGCGCUGCUGCUAACCGCCAUGGCUGAGGCGAUGGAGCUGGGGGUGGAGGGGGAGAACGGCCGGGUUACCCUCACCCAGACGUACAACGUACAGCAGUACGGUAUCGUACGGAAGAUAUAUGUUGGAGAACAGAUUCUGCAACUGGGUACGUUAUCCAUCAUCCCCUACGUGGGUCAGCUCAUUUUGGAGACCGGGCUGCUGAGGACCCUCAUCACCGUGUUUGGACAGAUCGUCACUGGAUCGCUGUUUUUCUACAUCUUCCAGCAGCAGACUGUGGCCAACUCCUUCGCCACCGUCAUGUCGUUCGGCGGUAUGCGGUACAUCGGCACCGGCCGCGGCUUCUCCAUCCAGACCACGGACUUUGUCCGUAUGUACACCCUGUACGCCCGGACGCAUCUGUACCUGGGCUUUGAGGUCCUUUUCUUCUGCUUCACCCUCUACGCCCUGAACGACUGCGUCACAUGCAACUACGCGGCCCUGACCUGGAACAGCUGGCUGCUGGCCUUUGUGAUGAUUCUGUGUCCGCUGUGGUUUAACCCCUUCAUUUUCAACUUGAGCAAAGUCCAGCGCGACUACAUGGCCUGGAAGAGGUGGCUGCACGGCGACGUGGACGGCGGUACGGGUACCAACUGGUUCACUUGGAACCGGGAGCAGCUGUCGAAGCCGCGGAAUGAUGACGGCAAUGUGACGGACGCCUGGCGCAACGCGCUGAGGGAGAUCGUGGGCACGUGUCUGCCGUACGUGUUGCUGACGCUGGCGAUGGUGUCGCGCAUCCGCUUUCGGAUCGAUGUGGGUACCAGCGUUGGUGGUCGGUGGGGGCGUGGGGGCGGCCGGCUGCUGGACAGUCCCUACAUUGAGUUCCUGGUUGCCACUGCGCUGUUGUGGGCUGUCGUACUGCUUUUGUCGUACGUGGGUCACAAUCUGCUGGAGAGGGCCAAGAGCAAGGAGUGGCGCAUCGUGCGCUACGUGGUGACGCUGAGUGGUGUGGUGCUGUUCAUUGUGUACAUGGUGGUGCUCACUCGCUUCUACUCGGGCAACGGCCUGACACACAUCAUGCAGGUGGCGUACGCCAACUUCAUCAUCCUGAUAACAGUACACCGGGCCGCAACUUACCUUUUUACGCAGAACAACACGGUUCGCGAGUUCGUGGACGCGGGUUACUACACCAUCGACGUGUUGGUGGGCUAUGGCAUGUUUGGCAUCCUGGCCAUCCUCUCCUUUGUGGGAGUGGUUAACCUGCUGCAGAGCAAGCUGCUCUUUAACGAGGCUUUCAGUCAGUCCGUACAGACGGCGCGCAUCAAGAUGCAAGUCAAACGCAGCGGCAAGCAAAUCAAGCGCAAACCAAAGCCCGGACUGCUCAUGACAAUGGACGAAUGGAUGCGCAGCAGGCCAGGCAGCGGAGCCAGCGGCGCGCCCUCCCUAGCGCCUACCAUAUACGACCACGGCGGCGGCGGCGGCGGCGGUGGCAUCAGCCGCGCCACGUCGCUGGCUCCGUCGAAAAUGUCAUCAGCUGUAACGUCGCUGGCGCCAUCAGCGGCGCCGUCACUGGUGCCGUCGGCCUUUCCAAGCGCUGGCAACAGCGGCGACAUAAGCCGUCAGAACAGCUUUAACGGUUUAACUAAUAAUAACAACAACAACAACAAUAAUGAUGUCAACCCGGGGGGGCUUCAGGGUUCAGAGAUGUUGAGCCGGCAGGUGGUAGAUCCCCCCGCCGCCAUGGACGCCGGGACUGCGGAGGCAGCCGCUGCCGGGCCCGCUGCCCCUGGCGGAGGCAAUCCGGACGAUUCUCCGCUGGCCGCCCCUUCGGAUGUGGGAUUGCGGGAGAGGAGGCUGAGGUUCGGGUAG